GAAAAAAGACCAACCCUAUGGAAAGAGAUUUUUUCCAAUUUCGUUCAAACUUUUAAUCUGGUGCAACCCCAUAAGAAAGAACCGAAUGCUGGGCUGGCGCUGGGGAGCCGCGACGACCCUCUACCGGACGUCACCGAGCAGUACCUCUUCCUCUUGGAGUUUCUGGUGCACCACGUGACCAGCGACCGAUUGGCAAAGCUCAACCAAAUGUUCUUCGUACCAACGACCAUCUGCAUCGAUUUCCUCAACUUCGUCGGGGACGAGACCGUCGAGAUAACGCCGGUGGAUCCCCUGUUCAAUCCUCAGGCGGGGGUCGCGGACGACGUGGAGUACUUCUACUCGGGCCAGUCCGUGUUGUUCGCCAUCGAUCAGCGAACCGCCAUCAACAAGAUCGUAGAUUUCGUGGUGAGGCUCUGCGUCCAAAAGAAGAUGCCCGACGGGGUGAAACCGGACAUUCUGAUCGGCAAAGGCGAGCUGGAUCUGUCCAUGCACUUCGCGGCGCUUCGUAAAGAGAUGCUGCAAUGCUGGCAGAAAAUGGCGCCGCCGCCAAAGUGUUUCGAGGGCGAGGUACCGUUGAUGUGCAACGACGUGGAGGUCGGCUGCGUGUGCAUGUUCGCGCGGAUCUCCGCGUUCGGGCAGACCAUCGUCACGGAAUUCGAGGCGCCUCCAGACAUGGACGUCGCCGCGUACAUAUUCAAGGGCGACGAGAUGAAUCAACGAUCGCUGAGCUACAAGUGCCGCAUCAUCGAUUCGAAGGACGCGGACAUCGGGAGAGACUCCGCGGAGGAUCUGACGAUCGGCGGUCCCCCUUGUCGCGUAUGCGUCGUGGAAGAGCAUCCUUGCACUCCGUGCGGGCAUACCCGCGGGGCCACUCUGAAGCCUAACCAGCAGACUCCUGUGAUUGGCACGCAAUCGAAACCCGAGACUUGCUCCGAGGUGCACAAGAGCGGUCUGAUUCAAUCCAGCCGUGGUCCCGCUCAGCCUUGCGGAAAAGCUGUCGUUCUGAAGGUAUCUGGAGUGUUAGACACUGGAACUGACAAGAAACCGACGGUCACGGUGGCGUCGGAGUCCGAGGCGACCGGCCAGGACGCUUGCGAUCCAGACCACGAUGUUUUCGUUCUGAGAAUCGGGAAAAAGGGCAUCGUCGGUGCCGACGAGAAGUCUGAUAUUCAAUUGGAGAUGAGGACUCCCAAGGGUACCGAGAAGGGACCACCGAUCAGACACGAGACGCGGGAAAUGCAGACCGACGAUAGCAAGAGUGCAAGGAAGCGAAAGAGGAAGAAGAAAAAGAAAUAA